AUUUUUUGAAGUACCGAAUCUAUGUCCAAACGCAUGGAAGAAUAAGGUCCUAUAAAUUAACGGAAAAACCAAAUUCCUUUUACUAGCGGAUUCAGCCGAAUUUCAAUCAAACGCCAAGUUCUUUCUUCUCCGGCAACUUCCUCGGCGAUUUCAUUCCGGCGACAUCGAGUUGUUAGUUGUUAUUUGGCUUCGAUAAAAGAAGCAUUGAUGAAGCCGCAGUCGGCAUGGGGCUCACUAAAGAACCCGGUGAAGUUCAAGAUUCCAACCGCGGAGAAUCUUGUUCCUAUUCGUCUGGACAUUGAAAUUGAUGGUCAAAGAUUUAGAGAUGCUUUUAGUUGGAAUCCAAAUGAUCCUGACUCAGAAGUGGUGGUUUUCGCGAAAAGAACUGUGAAGGAUUUGAAGCUUCCUCCUGGGUUUAUCACUCAGAUUGCUCAAUCCAUUCAAUCACAAUUAACAGAAUUUCGGUCAUAUGAAGGACAAGAUAUGUACACUGGCGAGAGAGUUGUUCCCAUCAAGCUUGAUCUCCGAGUAAAUCAUACAGUUAUCAAGGACCAUUUUUUCUGGGACUUGAACAAUUUCGAGAGUGAUCCUGAAGAAUUUGCACGGACUUUUUGUAAAGAUAUGGAAAUUGAAGACCCAGAAGUUGGAGUAAGCUCUAUUUUUUUUUUGCUUUCCUUUGGUUGUUAUAAAAUAAUUUUUCCCCAUUUUUCAUUGGAUAUUCUUGUAAGUUUGAUGGUCAUCAUCAUGUGAUAUAGUUUUGUGU